GCAAACGGGUGGAGAAGCAACUCCUGUUUCUGUGGGACUAAUAGGAACCGGUAACAGGAUCGCUGCUGGUGGCCUGAUGGUGACAUGGUGUGUCCAGAUUUCGAGACGAAGGAUGAUGUGUACUGCUUCUCACUGGCCAAAGCGCUCUACUACGUUUCAUGCCCGGUGACGGUUGGAUUUUAUGCGCCAUGGGGGAGACGGAAAGACAUUCUGCUCAACAAGGUGGAAGCAUACCUGUGUGCAGAAACAUGGAAGAAGGAGCAGAGCGAAGUGCAGAGAAAUGGACAGAGAACAAGAAAGACCACCGGGAAGGACCUUUUCACGCUCCUCUUCCUUAUGGUUUUCCACCACCCGGUCAUCACAGAAAAACACAAGCAGCGGAAAAACAUACGUUAUGUCUUCAUCAGGUUCAGCGCAUGGGAAUUCGCAGGUAGUGACCAACUCUGGGCAGGACUGGUCACUACCCUGUGUGACGGUAUAGAGGGUUGCUUUGGACUCGUACCCAUCAGCCUCUACCGAGUGGUAGGUCGGAAAACCAAAAUUAUUGAUGCGCCCCUCCAGCAGGAAUGGAUCAGCAAAAAAUUUUUAUGUAUCCCUUUGUGGUUGGCUACAUUAUUGGUGAUUAUAUUGGGAAUCGGUGUCGGUGCCUUGAUUCUGAUUUUCGGUUUUCCAGUUGGAAACAUUUCUGGUGACCUCUUAUCAGUAGCCGAAGGUGUCGGAGCAACCGUGGUCGGAGUUUCGGCAGCCGGGGCAAUUAGAGUGGGUAUUUUGUUGCUAAAAAAUGCAAUUAUCACCCAAAAAGGCAAAGUGGAACAAAAGAUGAAUAGAACAGACAUGAGCUCUCAACUGGGUUUCAUGAGCGAUGUCAAGAGGGAGGUUAAGGUGAUCACACGUUACAUCCAACUAAUGGAGGUAUUCCAAAGACAAAAGAUCAGAGUGGUCCUGGAGAUCACUAACCUCGAUAAAUGCAUGCCAGACAAAGUGAUAGGCGUCUUAAAUGCUAUGAACAUUCUCCUAUCUGACCCCAAAGCUCCAUUUAUCUCUAUCCUAGCUGUGGACCCCAGCAUCAUUGUAGACUGCGUGGAGAGCUCACAGCAGCUGAAAGGCAUGGCUAAUAAUGGUUAUCAGUUCCUAAAUCGCAUUAUUACCCUGCCCUUUUCCAUCCCUAAAAUGGACUGUCACACCAAAAUAUUCAUAUUGAGAUACAUUCUAGAGGGCAAGGAGGAGCUAGCCGGUGAAAUGGACGAUGGAGACAUGGCAUUACAAGUUGAAGAGACACAGAAUGACACAGAACAGCUCUUGCUACGGCACCGGCAACUUGGUAAAAAUGAAUGUCGGAUGAAUGAUGUUCCCUUGAGGAUUAUUAGCUCCGAGGAUCUAAAUCAGUCCAACAGCUCGCUGUCAGAGAAAGGUCCCAAGACCAAAGCUUUGAUUGAAGAAGCCUUCACAUAUCUAUUUGAUGACACCAUGAAGGAAUAUAUCACAGAUAAUGUUAUCCAUAUUCGGAGGGCUGUGAAUACCAUCAUCAUUACUAUCAGGCUGAUGGUAAGGAGCGUUCCAAGAAACAAGAUAAAUCCACAGAAGGUGACGAAGUGGGUAAUUCUGGUCACCCAGUGGCCCUGCCGACUCAGUUGGGUUCUGCAAUGUAUAGAAGAUGAACAACAGAGAAGGAGCCUUGAAGGUUUGAAAUGCCAGUCUCGCUCAUACUCCAAUGUUUCAUUGUGGGAUGUCUUUGAGAAGUCCUUAGAAGAGUUAGAUGCUAUCAAGGCAAACCUGAAGCACCUCCUGGAGCUAGAUGGAGACCCAGAGAUCUUCCACCAACUGCUUCAAGAUAACUUCACGGUGCAAGAUGUCAACUUCUUUCUACCAUAUACAGUUAAUUUGGACUAUUCAAUAAAAAGACAGCUGGAGCUUUUGCGAGGCAGUAAUAACCUAUGGGAGGCCAAGAAGACCAACAGACUGACAAUGCUUUCCUUGCUUAACAUGAACAUAGACGAGGUCUGCAAAGAGAUGAAAAAACUUGGUUUCAAAGAGGAGAACCUUGAAGAGUAUCUGCAGAAGAUAAAAUCACACAAUCUGAAUGGGAGAGCCCUUGUCUACAGUGAUAACAAUGAGAUAAAGGAGGUCUUGGGCAUGGGCUUGGGAGACUGGACACUUUUUAGUGUUUACUUUCUAGGCGUCCUACCUCCUCCCGUAGUAGCCCCUACCACCGCACCAGCAUAUAGCAAGCCGGAAGCUCCCAAACUAGGAGCGGGGUCCAAAGAGAACAUCCUGAAACAGAGCAGACUUUCACUUUAUAUUUCAAAAGAGGACCUUCAAUAAAGUGUUUGUGUUCAGUGACUUGUGGGACCUCAGCCAUGUCCUUGACUAUAUCUAUCUUCUUCAUAUAAAGCUUCUGUGGAUGUACACAAGGUUACAUGACCUGGAAAUUACCGUACUUUAGUUCACAACACAAACAUAAUGCCACAAUGUAACUAUUAUAUUAAUGUAUGUAUAUGUUUUUUUUUAUAAUGAUUUUUGUCCUCUCUCAUCAGUUGAGAUGUAAUAAAAUGCUUCAUGGCUUGUGUAUAAGUGGACCCAACACUUUUUAUAUCAUUUCUAGUUAUCUCAUCUUGCUCAUUGACCUGUCAUAGAAAAAAAUCUUGACUUUACUUUGGCUAUGUAAGACUCUAAAGGCUCCUUCUUUGAUAGGAUUUGAACAUUAUAAAAAAAACACAAUCGAAAAAAAUACAUGUUACGGUACAAAGAUUUCAAACACAUAGACAAGUACUUAAAUAAUGUUUAGAUUGUCUUAACCAAGCAAUUCAGUGUAAUAAUUCAAAGGGUUUCUACAUGUAGCAAAAAACCCACCAAGAACUUGAAUAAUGUCAUGGAGAUCAAUUAUGUGCAGCCAAUUAAAAUCAUAGUUUCCCAUGGAAGAAUAUUUUUCUUUGAGCAUUGAAUAAAGUGUUGUAUAUAGUUAUGUAGUUUGACAAAAGUGGUUUUUAUUUAAUUUAGUUCCUAUAAACUUCCUUUAUCUGAAGAUCUGUAGGCCCCCAUUGCAGGCAGUCAUGUGAUACAGUAAUUGGAGGGUGUUGCCGAUUUAACAAACACACUACUUACAGCAGUGCUAACAAAUGAAUCAGGGUAUGACAGAGCUUAGAUAGAUAGAUGGAUAGAUGGAUAGAUAGACAAUGAGACCACCCACUGCCUAGAGAUGUGUACUUUGCUCACCAGCUCUUGAUCGAUGAAAAUGUGGUAAAUGAAAGAUGUUCAUUGUAUAUACAAGCCAUAAUAAACUUAGGCCACCAAA